AUGCUGCGUGUGCUGCUCCUGGCGGCCCUGCUGGGCCUGGCGGGGGCGCUGCCCUUCGAGCAGACGGCCUUCUGGGAUUUCUCCAUGGACGACGGCCCAGCCCUGCAGAACGACGAAGAGGCCUCGGGCAUCUUCCCCACCUCGGGGGUCCCUGACUUCGAGGACGUCGUCACCACCUACGGGGGCCUGUGCCCGUUCGGCUGCCACUGCCACCUGCGGGUGGUGCAGUGCUCUGACCUGGGCCUGAGGACGGUGCCCAAGGAAAUCGCCCCCGACACGAAGCUGCUGGAUCUGCAGAACAACCAGAUCACGGAGCUGCGGCGGGAGGACUUCAAGGGGCUGCAUCACCUCUACGCCCUGGUGCUGGUGAACAACAAGAUCUCGCGGGUGCACGAGAAGGCCUUCAGCCCCCUGCACCGCCUGCAGAAGCUCUACAUCUCCAAGAACCUGCUGGCCGAGAUCCCGCCCAACCUGCCGCCCUCCCUGGUCGAACUGCGCAUCCACGACAACAAGAUCCGCAAGGUGCCCAAGGACGUCUUCAAGGGGCUCGCCAACAUGAACUGCAUCGAGAUGGGGGGCAACCCCUUGGAGAACAGCGGAUUCGAACCCGGCGCCUUUGACGGCCUGAAGCUGAAUUAUCUGCGCAUCUCAGAGGCCAAACUGACGGGUGUCCCCAAAGACCUGCCCGAGACCCUGAACGAGCUGCACCUGGAUCACAACAAAGUCCAGGCCAUUGAGCUCGAAGAUCUCAUCCGCUACGGCAAGCUGGCCAGGCUGGGUCUGGGGCACAACGCCAUCCGGAUGAUCGAGAACGGGAGCUUGGCCUUCGUCCCAGCGCUCCGGGAGCUGCACCUCGACCACAACCGGCUCUCCCGCGUGCCCUCCGGGCUGCCCGGCCUCCGCUUCCUGCAGGUGGUGUACCUGCACGCCAAUGACAUCACGCAGGUGGGAGUGAACGAUUUCUGCCCCGUGGGGUUCGGGGUGAAGCGAGCCUAUUACAACGGAAUCAGUCUCUUCGGGAACCCGGUCCCCUACUGGGAGGUGCAGCCGGCCACCUUCCGCUGCGUCACCGACCGCCUGGCCAUCCAGUUCGGCAACUACAAGAAAUAA